GCCGUGGCCACUUUGACUGCGUGCUCCGGAGAUCGGGACGGCGGGGAAGGCGGUCUUACUUACCGACUGAGCCCCUCCGUUAGCUAAUUCUAACAUUUCCAGGGACAUAACCAUCACGAGUUGAUCGUUUCUCCUGUGUUGUUGCAUUGACCUGCCGGUCACUACCGCCGCCUGUGGGGUUGCGGCAUGUCAACAGCUGCCUUGAUCUCUCUGGUCAGAAGCGGGGGCAGCCAGGUGAGACGGAGCGCGCUGCUCAGCUCCCGCCUGCUGCAGGAGGACCCCCGGGCCUUGCCCAGGUGCCGCGGCUCCACCUCCCAGCCCCGGUGUUCUCGCUUCGACCCCGACGGCAGUGGGCGUCCAGCCACCUGGGACAGUUUCGGGAUCUGGGAUAACCGCAUUGAGGAGCCCAUUCUGCUGCCACCCAGCAUCAAGUAUGGCAAGCCCAUUCCCAAAAUCAGCCCGGCCAACGUGGGCUGCGCCUCGCAGAUCGGCAAACGGAAGGAGAACGAGGAUCGGUUUGACUCGGCUCAGCUGACCGAUGAGGUCCUGUACUUCGCGGUGUACGAUGGACACGGCGGGCCCGCCGCUGCUGAUUUCUGUCACAGCCACAUGGAGCAAUGCAUUAUGGAUUUGCUUCCUAAGGAGAAGGACUUGGAAACUGUGUUGACGUUGGCUUUUCUAGAAAUAGAUAAAGCAUUUUCAAGUCAUGCCCACCUGUCUGCUGAUGCAACCCUUCUGACCUCUGGGACUACUGCCACGGUAGCCCUGUUGCGAGAUGGUAUUGAACUGGUUGUAGCCAGUGUUGGGGACAGCCGGGCUAUUUUGUGCAGAAAAGGAAAACCCAUGAAGCUGACUACUGACCAUACUCCAGAAAGAAAAGAUGAAAAAGAAAGGAUCAAGAAAUGCGGUGGCUUUAUAGCUUGGAAUAGCGUGGGGCAGCCUCACGUGAAUGGCAGACUUGCAAUGACAAGGAGUAUUGGAGAUCUGGAUCUUAAAACCAGCGGUGUGAUAGCAGAACCUGAAACAAAGAGGAUUACGCUCCAUCAUGCCGAUGACAGCUUCCUGGUACUCACCACAGAUGGAAUCAACUUCAUGGUGAAUAGUCAAGAGAUUUGUGACUUUGUCAAUCAGUGCCACGAUCCCAACGAAGCAGCCCACAUGGUGACUGAACAGGCAAUACAGUACGGGACCGAGGACAACAGCACUGCCGUGGUAGUGCCUUUCGGUGCCUGGGGAAAAUACAAGAACUCUGAAAUCAACUUCUCAUUCAGCAGAGGCUUUGCCUCCAGUGGACGAUGGGCCUGAUUGCUGGCUGGGACUUUCGGGUUUCUGUGCGACAGUUUUUCACCGAGCGAGUCCAGAAACUGAUGAGAUAAAAAAAAAAGUCACCUGUUGCCCAUGUGACCCUGUGAUUCACUAGCUCAGUGCACAAGUCAGUGUCAAUAACCACUUGCAUAGUAGUUUUUUUCAUAAAUGCUCCUAUUUAUGUUCAACUGUAUGUUCUCCGUAUAAAUAUAUAUGGAAUUAAGCUAUUGUGAGUGUCUAAGCUGAGUGAGCAAGUGUGAAGUGGUUUUGAUACACUUGGAGAGGGUAUUAAAUUUCUAAUUUUAAGACUCGUA